CUCAGUUUUUGUACAGUGCGGCUCCGGGCGUCAGUGUGAACGCGCGCGCCGGUGACAGUUGUUUAAAAAUCGAACUUUUUAAAUGAGACUCGUGGCAGUUAAACCAAAAUGGCGGUGUCACUAAUAAGGUUCGGAUUGAGGUCCGUAACGGCGAAUUUGGAGAGGACUGCGGCUAUUCUAUCCAGUGCUGGUGCCCGCCAACAGAUUAAGUUAAUCCACACCAAACCAGUAUGCCACAACGGCGUCUGCUACCUCCAGGAGCGGUCCAGCGAUGGCGACCUGACAGACGCCUGCAGCGCCCUUCGUCGCAGCUACAGCAAGCACCACGGCAGGCCUGAAGAGGACCGCCGAAAACGGCAGAGCGACAGCGAUAGUUCGUCAGACUCCGACACCGAGUGCAAAGGAUUGGAUAGGUCAGACUUCUGGCGGCGCAAGAUGCGCACCGUCCACAACAUUCUGGACGUAGACAAGGACGGGCUGAUCUCUUUCAACGACUUCGUGCUCUUCGGCGAGCGGUUCAAGGCGUUAGGACAUCUGGACGAGCAGCAGGCUAAGGAAUUCAGUGAUAUUAUUAAGAUGACAUGGGAGGAGCAGUGGGGCGCCAUAGACCCGUAUAACUACGUCACGGUGGAGCAGUACUUGGAGGACAUGCACCACGUGCUGAAUGACAAGACGCUGAAGAAGAAGGCACACAGGUGGCUGCCGUACUUGUUCAAGGCGGUGGACAAGGACAAAUCAGGGUUCAUCUCGGUGAAGGAGUUCAAGCUUUUCUUCGAGUGCCUCGGGCUGGACAAUGAACACGCGGCCGUUGCUUUUGCAGUCAUAGACACUAAUGGGGACGGCAAGCUGUCUCUCAAAGAGUUCGUGAAGCUUGGCAAAGACUUCUUCUUCACGGAGGACGAGACCCGCGUGUCCAAGAUGUUCUGGGGUCCUCUCAACGAGAUUUGAAGUCCUUGAGCCACGCCCCUUGAAGCCAAUUCUGCUGCAAAUUCUUCUUUCUUUUUAAAUUAACCUUUCCAAAAUUUGCUUCGUUAUUAUCAGAUUUCUAGAAGAAAGAAGAAUGACUAAGUGUUGUCUUUUUCGUAUUUUUGCCAUUCUUAUUUACGGGUAAGAAUGACUAAAAUUCGUAUUUGUAUUGACGUGUUUAAAAGGGAUUUGCAAGCAUAAUUUCUGUUAGAGCACAAGUCUAUGAAGCCACAAAAUCUAUAACUUACUUGUAGAUUUUAAGGCAUAAAGCUUAAUAUUCCAGGCAAAGGGAUCUCGAGGUAAUGUUUUGGCAAACGCCAAAAAUAAUAAAAGUAUCCUAUAUUGCUGCCACUGGUGCCGCUCUGGUGGCAAAAAUCCUGGUUUUUUGUGCUGUUUGUGCAUUCAUAAAUUUUAUAACAUUGCUCAUACAGAAAUAAUACUUGGGAAUCGCUAAUAAAGGGGUAAAAGCGUUAAAAUAGCGCUCAAUUUAAGUAUAAUCCAGUCUAGCCGCAGACGGCUUCUCAUUGAGUUUAAAUAAGAGACAGUUUAGCAAUUUUGCCUCUUUAUAGUUUCAAUGGACUUCAGCAAACAAACAAAUUGUUGCUCUAAUAUGUUUUUAUUUUGACUAAUUGAAAAAUUGAAUAAUCUUUGAUUGCAAAGAGACUUUUGCCCGAUUUCACCAUCAAUCCCUAAUUUUUAAGGGAUCCCUAUGGUAACAAAUAACAGGUACUUUGUUUUCAUAGGGGUUACCUAAAAAUUAGGGAUUGAUGGUGAAAACGGGCAUUUAUGACCUAACCGUAUUAGCUACGGUAUAAGCACCUUUUUUGAUUGACUACGUGCAGUAUCGACUGCAUUUAUACUGUCUAAUAUGACGUGGGGAUGAGAAAGUGAAGCGUCAUGUUCGGUUUUGUUUUAUUUUCUAAAAUUUAUGUAUUUAAUGAAAAGAAAAAAAUAAAUGGCCUUGGGGGAGGCCUUUGUCCAGCAGUGGACGUCAUUUGGCUGAAAAGAAGAAGAAAUAAAUGGAAAUGCGAACAAAACAGAAUAGGACAACAUCACUUUAAAAAAAAAAUAUGCUAGACAAGGCAGGUAUUUGACCACAAUCGCACCUGGUGUUAAGUGAGAUGCAGUCUAGGAUGGUACAUAUCUGCCCUGUAAGUGCCUAUUCACUCUCGCCUUGAAAACUUGAAAUUCUUUACAUAAUAGACUUCAGCAAACAAACAAAGUGUUGCUCUUAUAUGAUUUUUUUGACGAAUUUAAAAAUUUACUAAUCUUUGAUUGCAAAGAGACUAUGACCUAACCGUAAUAUCUACGGUAUAAAGACCUUUUUUGAUUGACUUAAGUGCAGUAUUUACUGCAUUUAUACUGUAUAAUAUGAUGUGAGGAUGAGAAAGUGAAGCGUCAUGUUCGGUUUUGUUUUAUUUUCUAAAAUUUAUGUAUUUAAUGAAAAGAAAUAAAUAAAUGGCCUUGGGGGAGGCCUUUGUCCAGCAGUGGACGUCAUUUGGCUAAAAAGGAGAAGAAAUAAAUGGAAAUGCGAACAAAACAGAACAGGACAACAUCACUUUUAAAAAAAAAUAUGCUAGACAAGGCAGGUAUUUGACCGCAAUCGCACCUGGUGUUAAGUGAGAUGCAGUCUAGGAUGGUACAUAUCUGCCCUGUAAAUGCCUGUUCACUCUCGCCGUGAAAACUUGAAAUUCUUUACAUAAUAGACUUCAGCAAACAAACAAAGUGUUGCUAUGAUAUGAAUUUUUUUGAGUAAUUGAAAAAUUGACUAAUCUUUGGUUGCAAAGGGACUUUAUGACCGUACCGUGAUAUACGGUAUAAGGACCUUUUUUUAUUAUUUGCAGACUACGUGCAGUAUCGACUGCAUUUAUACUGUCUAAUAUGACGUGGGGAUGAGAAAAUGAAGCGUCAUGUUCGGUUUUGUUUUAUUUUCUAAAAUUUAUGUAUUUAAUGGCAGGUAAUUAACUUAUGUGUGAACAUGUAUUAGUGCAGGCAAAUAAAACAAAACUAAAUGAAAAGAAAUAAAUAAAUGAAAAUGCGAACAGAACAGGACAACAUCACUUGAAAUCUUGCCCAAAAGAUUGCUCUUGGUUUUAAUAGACUUCAGUAAACAAAAAAAUUGUUGCUCUUAUAUGUUUUUGACUUAUUGAAAAAUUUACUAAUUUUCGAUUGCAAAAGAGACUAUGACCUAACCGUAAUAUCUACGGUGUAUGGACCUAUUUUGAUUGACUACGUGCAGUAUCGACUGCAUUUAUACUGUCUAAUAUGACGCGGGGAUGAGAAAGUGAAGAGUCAUGUUCGGUUUUGUUUUAUUUUCUAAAAUUCGUGUAUUUAAUGGCAGGUAAUUAACUUAUGUGUGAUCAUGUAUUAGUGGAGGCAAAUAAAACAAAACUAAAUGAAAAUAAAUAAAUAAAUGGCCUUGGGGGAGGCCUUUUUCCAGCAGUGGACGUCAUUUGGCUGAAAAGAAGAAGAAAUAAAUGGAAAUGCGAACAAAACAGAACAGGACAACAUCACUUUUAAAAAAAAUGUAUGCUAGACAAGGCAGGUAUUUGAGCGCAAUCGCACCUGGUGUUAAGUGAGAUGCAGUCUAGGAUGGUACAUAUCUGCCCUGUAAGUGCCUAUUCACUCUCGCCUUGAAAACUUGAAAUUCUUUACAUAAUAGACUUCGUCAAACAAACAAAGUGUUGCUAUGAUAUGAUAUUUUUUGAGUAAUUGAAAAAUUGACUAAUCUUUGAUUGCAAAGAGACUAUGACCUAACCGUAAUAUCUACGGUAUAUAGACCUUUUUUGAUUGACUUAAGUGCAGUAUUUACUGCAUUUAUACUGUCUAAUAUGAUGUGAUUAUGAGAAAGUGAAGCGUCAUGUUCGGUUUUGUUUUAUUUUCUAAAAUUUAUGUAUUUAAUGAAAAGAAAUAAAUAAAUGGCCUUGGGGGAGGCCUUUGUCCAGAAGUGGACGUCAUUUGGCUGAAAAGAAGAAGAAAUAAAUGGAAAUGCGAACAAAACAGAACAGGACAACAUCACUUUAAAAAAAAAAUGCUAGACAAGGCAGGUAUUUGAGCGCAAUCGCACCUGGUGUUAAGUGAGAUGCAGUCUAGGAUGGUACAUAUCUGCCCUGUAAGUGCCUAUUCACUCUCGCCUUGAAAACUUGAAAUUCUUUACAUAAUAGACUUCGUCAAACAAACAAAGUGUUGCUAUGAUAUGAUAUUUUUUGAGUAAUUGAAAAAUUGACUAAUCUUUGAUUGCAAAGAGACUAUGACCUAACCGUAAUAUCUACGGUAUAUAGACCUUUUUUGAUUGACUUAAGUGCAGUAUUUACUGCAUUUAUACUGUCUAAUAUGAUGUGAUUAUGAGAAAGUGAAGCGUCAUGUUCGGUUUUGUUUUAUUUUCUAAAAUUUAUGUAUUUAAUGAAAAGAAAUAAAUAAAUGGCCUUGGGGGAGGCCUUUGUCCAGAAGUGGACGUCAUUUGGCUGAAAAGAAGAAGAAAUAAAUGGAAAUGCGAACAAAACAGAACAGGACAACAUCACUUUAAAAAAAAAUGCUAGACAAGGCAGGUAUUUGAGCGCAAUCGCACCUGGUGUUAAGUGAGAUGCAGUCUAGGAUGGUACAUAUCUGCCCUGUAAGUGCCUAUUUACUCUCGCCUUGAAAACUUGAAAUUCUUUACACAAUAGACUUCAGCAAACAAACAAAGUGUUGCUAUGAUAUGUCAUUUUUUGACUAAUUGAAUAAUUGACUAAUCUUUGGUUGCAAAAUGAUUUUAUGACCGUACCGUGAUAUCUACGGUAUAAGGACCUUUUUUGAUUGACUUAGGUGCAGUAUCAACUGCAUUUAUACUGUCUAAUAUGACGUGGGGAUGAGAAAGUGAAGCGUCAUGUUCGGUUUUGUUUUAUUUUCUAAAAUUUAUGUAUUUAAUGGCAGGUAAUUAACUUCUGUGUGAUUAUGUAUUAGUGCAGGCAAAUAAAACAAAACAAUAAAAAAAAAAAAAAAAAUGAAAAUGCGAACAAAACAGAACAGGACAACAUCACUCGAAAUUCUCUCAAGAAGUCCGACAGUAAAGAUAUGAUUAUCUAUCAUUAUUAACAGCACUCUUUGUAUCUUUAUCUUUUUUGCUAUAUGUGCAAAGCGCAGGAAGCCAUAAUUGAAGAAAAAAAACCAAGACUUGCAGAAAUGGUUGAAAACGGCCAUGGCGUGGCUUUAGUCUUAAAAAACUUAGGUAUUUAAUUAAUAAUUAAGAGUCAUUGACUGUUUUAGGUAGGUGUUAUAAUUAAUCAACUUUUAUCAGUGAAAAUUCCAAAAUUAACAAAACAAACAAGUGAAUAUUGAAAUUUUGGAAAAAAUCGUGAUUUUUUGUGACUAUAUCAAGUAUGGGAGAAAGUAUAAGACUAAUGGUUACUUUCGAUCAACUAUACACUCUUAUGAUUGCAUUUUUAAUGAUCAAAUUUUAUUAUGACGCAUUUUAUAAUAUGAAAUGUUUAAAUGACGGUAAUACGACUAUUGGAUCUAUAAUAGUUAUGUAUCAUUCCUAUUUUGCAUUAUUAUAAUUAAUGAAAUAGUGACUAGUGUAAGUAGUUGAUGAGUGAAUCUGUAAAACAUUCGUUUUCGAAUGAGGAAAAAGGACAAAGAAUCUCAUUAAAGAUUUGUUGAAA